AUGAGUGUUUUUAUUUUACAAGCAAUGGAACGACCUUGUCCAGGUAAUCUUAAAUGGAAUUCAACAGCAACAACUAUCAUCAGCAAUGGUGCUGGCUCAGCUCUUAAUCAACUAUCGUUUCCUGAGGGUUUAUUUAUAGAACAUCAAACACAAAUUUUAUAUAUUGGUGACGUACUUAAUAAUCGUGUUCAAAAAUAUUAUCCAAAUGGUCAAAUAUUAACAGCUGUUGGUCAACCAAAUGGCAAGGACGGAUCAACAUCAGACAAGUUAGACGGUCCACGGGACAUUUUUGCAGAUGAAGAAGAAAAUGUCUAUGUUUCUGAUUGGAGUAAUCAGCGAAUUCAAUAUUGGAAAAAGAAUGCAAAAAGUGGACGAACAGUAGCUGGAAUUGGUACUAGUGGGUCAACAUUAAAUCAAUUCAGUUAUCCAAGUAGCAUAGCUGUGGAUUCUAAGAAAAAUAUAAUAGUAGCCGAUACUCAAAAUCAACGUAUAACAUGA